AUGCUGAGCGAUCGAUACGCUGCCAUUCUGGUGUUCGUAUGCAGUUUUGCCCAGGCGGACCAUGGCCCAUUUAUCCAGUCGAGUGAGUACGCCGAGGGUAAAUUUGGGGCCUGGCCUACGGAGACGUAUCGUUCGACUUCGAUUGUCGGUCCCGCCUUGAACUAUCUCGAGUCCAGUCCCCAAUGUAAAGAUGGACAGUAUACGUUUGUUGCGCCCCGGGGGUUGGGGGUCGCAACUCCAGGACCAACGAUUAUCGACCAGGAUGGACACCUGGUCUGGAGCAAAAACUACGGUCAGACUUACAAUCUGAACAUGUACCAAUUCAAAGGCCAGUCGUAUCUGACCUUCUGGUUGGGAAAUGACGCCGUUGCGGGCCAUGGUGAAGGGGUAUACUACAUGCUGGACUCAUCCUACGAAGAAGCAUACAAGAUCCAGGGUGCCAACGCACUCCCUGCAGAUCUUCAUGAAUUCCACAUCACGGUCGAUGAGACCGCAGUUUUCACCAUCUACGAGGUCCGACGGGCUGAUCUUCGCUCUGUCGAGGACGGUCCCGAAGACGGGUGGAUCUAUGAUGGCACCUUCCAGGAAGUCGACGUCGAGACAGGCGAGUUGCUAUUUCAAUGGCGCGCAUCGGAGCACUUCAAUUUCACCGAGGUGUACCGCGGACGCGAAGGAGCCGGCGAGUCGAAAGUCUCUCCCUGGGACUUCUUCCACAUCAAUAGCGUCGACAAGGACGCUAACGGCAACUUUCUCAUCUCCGCCCGCUACACAAACUCUCUCAUCUAUAUCGACGGUCGAUCCGGGUCCAUCAUCUGGAGACUUGGAGGCAAACAUAAUUCCUUCCAAGACCUUUCGGAUGGCAAAGCCACCAACAUCGCCUGGCAGCAUCACGCUCGCUUUCAUGAAAAUGGCUCCGCCAUUACUCUCUUCGACAAUGCCUCGCGCGGCGAGGGUGCCCCUUCCCUAACCAGUCGCGGGCUCUACCUUGACAUCAACACCGAAAAAAUGACCGUCGCCGUGCGACACGAGUACUGUAAUCCCCAUUCCAUCAGCAGCCAGUCGCAGGGGUCCCUCCAGGUGCUCGACACCGGUAACGUCCUCGUUGGAUAUGGCUACAACGCCGCCUGGACUGAGUACAGUAUCCACGGCGAUGUUCUCUGCCACGUCCACUUCGGUCCCGAGACCGAUUUCGGUAGAGGAGAUAUCACCUCCUACCGCGUCUUCAAACACCCAUGGGUCGGUCGCCCACGUACUCGUCCUGACAUCGCCGUGUAUGCCUACGAAGCAGCCGUCAGCUGGAAUGGUGCGACGGAGGUGGCAGCCUGGGUUCUUCAGGGGAUCAAUCCCGAAAGCAACACCGGCGAAGAUGACGACGACGGCGAUGCAACCAGCAACCGAUUCAGGUUUCUGGCAGCUGUGCCGAAAAGUGGUUUCGAAACCAUAAUCCCCAUCCCGUUUCACGUAGAGAAACAAUCCGUGAGGGUCGUGGGUGUCAACGCAACCGGCCACGUCCUGGGGGCAAGCCAGUACGUCGACUGGGAUCCAGCGUCUCCUGAAGCGGUUGUGAUGAACGGUGUCGAAGAAAAAAAGGACAAUAAAGCGCGAUCGACAGCCCUGCGUUCUUUCGUCUUCUUCGUUCUCGGCUUCUUCUCGGCUGUUGUGCUGGCGGCUGGCGCAUGGGCUGUCUAUCGCUGUUGUGUUUUGUCAGCUGUCGCUACUCGUAAGAGCCGGGCUCGUGGGGAUUGGAUCCCAAUUGAAAAUGACGGGUUUAUUAGUGACGAGUAUCUGAGUGAUGGGGACAUGAGCGAUGAUAUUGAAUUCUCGCUGCUAGGGAACCCGCGGCUGGCUUCGUAUGAGAAUCUUGGUCAGGAAUUUGAUCGUAUUUGA